UGACACAUGUCACGUCCCGAACUUUUACCACCGGUACACUACACUACAGCCCAAAAAUCUACCAAUUCGUCACCUAGGCGGAAUAAAUAAAUCUCGUCACUUAAUAAAAAUUAAGGCACUUUCUCUUCUAACAAGCGAGCUCAUCAGUCCAACUGUAGAAGAAACGGCACUUCAACUAGCUGUAGAAUUUAUAGCAGAAUCAAAAGACAAAGAACUAAUAAAUGAACUAAUAUCUUAUUUAAUGGGGGAAAGAGAGGGGGGAGAUGGAAUCCCUAAAGACCCAAAAUAUUUAUUCCAAUUAUACGUCAAAUUGUCGAUGCACGAGGAAGGGGCUAAAACAGCCUUGAUUAUAGCACAAGAACAACAAUUUAAAGGGUUUUAUAAGACUGCACAUGACCUUUUGUUUGAAAUGUACCAAACUCUCAAACGUGAAAAAAUUAAAAUUCCUUCUGAAAUGGAAAAUGCUUUAAUGCUUCUACAUAGCUACAAUAUUGUUAAGGGCCUUUUGAAACGUGGGGAUAAUUAUACUGCGGCUAAAUUGCUAUGCCGAGUUUCUGAAAAUAUUGGACAGUUUCCAGCUCAUGCAGCACAAAUACUCACGUCAUGCGUGAUUACCUGCACAAAGGGUAGAACGGAUUUUUAAAUUAUAUAAAGUUCAACUUAAGCCGGUCUGAAAGCCUCAGCCUUCAAAACAGCCUCUCAAUUAUUCCAACCAAUUUAUAGACAAAAAAUUGACGAAAAAUAUAAAAAGAAAAUUGAAUUGGUUAAAAUUUGGGCAGAAUGCUGAAGACCCAAAUGAACGUCUCCAGCCGUGCCCUUACUGUGGGACGCCUGUAAAUGAAUUUAAUUUGAGUUGUAGUAACUGUCAGGCAAAUAUUCCUUAUUGU